AUCCAAUAUUUUAUUUGUUUUGAUUUUUUUUCUUAAAAAUUGAUUUUCUGUGAUUUUAUUUUGCAUUUUCAUGGUUUAGAUCGUUUAGAUCGUAAUUCUUGAGAUCCAGGAAUAAUUAAAAAAGUUCUGGGAAGCUAAUUUAACCGAGAGAGUGUAUGGACAAGAGUAGAAGAAAUUAUAAGAGGUUGUCCUAAAGACAGAGGAACAAGAAGAUCCUCACGAUUAAUCAGAACGUCAAGAGAGAUUCUAGCUCAGUUCUCUUCCCUGUAAAUUCCCGGAAGCUAGAGAGGCAUGUCCAUACAGAUUAUAUGUCUCACCCUUUCUGGAGGAAUUCCUCUUUUCACGAGGAAAAAGGGAGAAGGGGAAAAUCUCUCUUUCUCAACCGUUGGAUCCCUCAAUGGUGUUCACAUGUUCUGCAAAAGUCAAGGACAAAAUCUACGAAGUACAUCGUGGGAAGAUGGACUCCUUGUUUGGGAGGAAUACGCCGAAACAUUCCUGAUCGUUGGCUAUGGUCGUGGGGUGACGGAAAAAGUACUCAGGAGACUCAUAAAUUCCACCUACAACGCCAUGGUGUUCACUGUUGGGCUCAAUGAGCUGCAAAACUUCCUCAGUGUGGAACGUCUGAAGCGAGAACUUCAGCCGUGUUGGGGUACAAUUGAUCAUCUCAUCGAGGGCACCGAUAGUGAGCUCAUUGGCUUCACAGAUUGCAUCCUUUGCUCCCAAAAUGUGACAAUUCUCGAGAAAUUGGGCGAGUUUUGUGAGCAAUUUGGUUCUGCGUAUGCUUGCCUGAUGAUCCGGCAGAGAAUUGCUGCAGCUACGGAAGCAUGGUGGGAUCUCGAUGCGAAAGAUCGUCAACUUCUCUCCACCCUCAUUGCUACAUCGAGCUCCCUGCAGAAGGAUACGCCGGUGUAUUUGCCCCAGAAGAGCCCCACAAUUGCUUACAGACUCGUAUCUAUUCCUAUUCUGCAGAACAUCAACAUGUGCUUGUUGUGUGGAGCAGAACCUCCCUAUAGGGACGUUGAGGCUCUGGCACAUCAAGUUUGGCGUUCAGAACUCAAGACGCUGGAGCUGGCUGAACAAUGUUUCCCACGGAAUUUUCCCAAUACUCUCGAGUUAGAUUCGGGAAUUCUCGGGAUACUCCUGAUCAAUCGUCGUCUUGCGAAAUAUGUGAUCUCCAGGAAUAUUCAGCAAUCAUCAACGGGAAAACGAACAAUAUCCGGAACUCAUCGUCUCGACAUUCUCCGGACAUUCUUUCACCAAGCUGUCGACAUGAUUGAGGACUACGUGGGCAAUUUAGCCACCCACAGUGAGUCCUACUGGUGCUCAGACUACCACAAAUGCCACGCUCUCAUCCAAGAUGACAAUCUCAUCUGCAUCCUCUAUGUGGCUGCAAUUCCCACGCACACCAUGAGACUGAUCACUCAGAAAACUCUCGCCGCAAUUGUGGCUUCGAAAGACACGUGCUGGUGAGUUAGUUUCGUUUAACAGAACAAAUUGCAAUUUAUAUACUCGAUUAAUUAAAUAGGAUUGAUUUCCUAUAAAAUUUUUAUUAAAGAAUGCUUCAUUGGAAGCAAUAAUUCUUAGUUCUUAGCAUAGAAAUAGGAAGGGAAAAUUAUUUUUUAAAUUAAUUUUGAACCUGAAGAAGGAGUUAAAAACUUCCGAAAUGUCCUUUAUGAAUAAAAAUCAAAAGAAAUAUUAGAAAAAAAAAUACUUUUAUUUGUUCUUUAAUUUUAUUUCUAAUUUGUAGAGUUUCUAAAAACAUAAAUUAACAGGUUCGUUUGAGAGUCAAUGAAAUAUCACAAAGUAAAUCAAUCUUGUUCAAAAUCACCAGUUUGACAAUUCCCUGGUUCGUUCCAAAGGCGGUUUCCUGCAAAUAAAAAAAAGAAAA